AUGCGGCCCUCUCUCCUUCUUCUUUCCUCUCUACUGGGCUCCGUCUGGGCCUCGCCCACUCCAUCACCCUUUGAUGAUCCCUCCCUUAUUGAACUCGGCCGCCGAGCCGCUGCUGCCGGCCAGCCCACCAUCAAUGCCACCCAGUGCUACGUCACGCUCAAGGGCGAUCCCGGGUUCGGGAGCUUCCAGGUCGGCACGGCCACGGGGACCAUGUGGAUCGUGUGGGGAAUCCCGGGCCAGGCGGGCAACAAGAACGGAGACAACCCGGUCGACAUAGUCCUCCGGGCCGGCGCGAGCGUCGGGGCCGUCAACUUUGUCACCAACGGUUACCUGAAUGGGUUCCCCGGCUCCUACAACAGCCCUCAGCCCAGUCUUGACUAUGUCAAGGUCACGGGCACGGCCGCCAGCUUCCAGGCCGACGUCGACUUCUCCAAUGUUCCAUCCCUGCAGCAGCCGCAGCGUUUCACCACGGCCAUGCGGACUACGGUAAACGGCCCCUUCGGUCCCGUGACCACUUAUCCUGUGGGCUCAGGAUUCCUCGGAAUGAAGAUCCCAGAACCGACGGCCCAGAACACUAGGGAGGUCAAUGGGGCCUUCUAUUUCACAACGGGUAUACCCCGUUACAUUGGCACUUUUACUGGAUCGUGUUUUGGAAUGGUCACUCUUCCUCUCAAUCUUGCCUAG